CAUGAUCUUUCCUUAAAAACGCCGCUGCAAAGAAGAGCAUGGACACGCCCUGAGGCUAUAAAACCCCGCGACGCACCAAAAAAAAGGAGCCGCCCCCAUGUCGUUCAUCGCCGGGAGCUUCGUGUCCCUGAAGCGCGCCGAGUCCCUGAAGAAGGGCUUCGGCGGCAAGGCCCAGGUCGCGUCGGGAGUGGACACGGAGCUCAUCAACAUGUCGCCGCGCUUCGAGAAGGAGAUCGGCGCCGACGUCGCCGCCGCCGGGCCCGAGCACUACUACGGCAGCGACCAGUCGUCCUUCUACAGCGUCUACCGCGAGCUCACGCGGGCCAAGUGCUACAGCCUGCCCGCGAACGUGCCGGGCAGCCCCGGGAAGCUGUCGCCGACCAAAAGCAACGCGAGCCCGACCUACAAGCCGUCGCGCACGGCCCAGUUCGAGGACGUGCUCGCCGGCGACGAGGUCGAGGCGCGGUACCGGGACCUCCACGAGCUCGAGGCGACGGAGGAGGACGGCGCGAGUUUGGACGAGUCCGACCCGUUCGGACGGCACGCGGCCGUCGAGGAGGACAAGUACGACCACCCCCAGGCCAUCGGCGACGAGGCGGCGGCCGAGAAGCAUCCGCUCCGGCGGCGCAUCGACGGGCUCCACCUGCCGCGGCUCCAGGUCGCGGACGCGGCCGACGGCCCGCAGUUCUCCGCGCGGAGCCUCUUCCUGGCCGAGUGCGUCGACAAGGACCUGCAGCCCCGCGCGGGGUUCCUGCUGCGCAAGAUGCGGUCCACGGAGAUCAACAUGGCCCAGCUCGGCGUCGGCGAGCGCCUCGCGCGCGCGUUCGCGUGCUGCGUGGGGAAAUUGCCGAACCUGCUCCACCUCGACAUGAGCUACAACUACCUCGGCGACCGGACCAUGGCCGAGGUCCUCGAGGCGCUGUGUGACGUGCCCCAGCUCCAGUCGCUGAACAUCAGCGGCAACGACAUCUUCAAGCACUCCGCGCGGAGUUUGGGCCACCUCUUCGCGAACGCGGACCGCGGGGCCGCGAAAGGGAGCCUUCGGGAACGUCGCACCCUUUUCGUCGCCCAGGCCGACUGCGCCAUCGAGGAGCUCGAGACCGCGGACUGCCACCUCGACGACGACGACGUCGCCCUCUUCCUCGAGCGCGCGCUGCGGAACCGGAACCUCGUGCUGAGCCGCUGGAACCUGGCGAAGAACUCCAUCGGCUCCGCGGUGGACCACGCGCCCGCGGCGUCCGACCGGCCGUCGCUCGCGUCGUGGAUCGGCUCCGACGAGUGCACCUGCAAGCGGCUGGACAUCUCCUGGAACAUGAUCCGCGGGAGCGUGGCCGUGGCCCUGGGCAAGGCGCUGUCGACGAACCACUGCGUGACGCACCUGAAUUUGGCGUUCAACUCGCUCGCGGAGGAGGGCGUCGUCUUCGGCAACUCGCUGUUGAAGAACCGCGUGCUCAAGGUGCUGGACCUGUCGAACAACGGGCUGGGGCCCAAGGCGGCCUUCGCCAUGUCCGUCGCGCUCCUGGGGCGCAUGUCGGCGCUCGAGCUGCUCGUCAUGGACGGCAACCCCGUGGGCGUCACGGGAGGCCAGGCGCUCCUCCGCGUGCUCACGCGCAUGGACCACCGGGCCCACCUGAGCCUGCGGGACUGCUCAUUCCACGGCGGCUCCAUCGGCGAGCGCUGGAUCAUCAACGACGACUACACGCUCGACCUCUCCGUGCCCAUUUUGUACUGCCUCGCGCGCGACAUCUUGCAGGGCGACGCGACGCGGCCCUGCCCGCCCAUCGACUGCUGCUACCUCACGCCGCCGGGGGGCGCGUCGCAGCGCAUCCGGACGAAGAUCGAGUGGACGGGCGCGCGCGCGCGGCCGUCGACGGGCGACGCGUACGACGAGGCGCACUCGCGCGCGCUCGACAACGUCGUCACGCGGCUCGCGUCGCUCGACCGCGACGAGCUGCUCGACUUCUUCCCGCACCGCGACGGCGACGACGUGCCCUUCCUCUACCGGCGGGAGCUCGACGCGUUGCUGGAGCACCUCGGCCUCGUCGAGUACGUGACGGAGCGGACGGCCGACGGGUCGGGCUUCGCGCGGACGCCGCGGCACGCGCUCGCGGACACGCUGCCCCUCGUCGACAACUGGAGCCAGCUCAAGGCGACGGGGCGCUUGGAGAUCGGCGAGUUCAUGCAGGUCGCGCUCGCGCUCCGCGCCGUCGCGGGCAGGGCAGCACAAGAGAGCGAAAUUCCCAACUUCAAAGGCUCCUAUCUCGGCCGUUUUCCACUCGUCGCGGGCCGCACGCGCGACGACGCGGGCGGCCGCUUCGUCGUCUUCGACGAGGCCACGGGCGAGGACUUCGCGCAGACGCUGCCCGAGGCGGGCGUCCUGCGCCUCUGCUUCGCCAAGGCCGUCGUGAAGCUGGGCAUGGACGAGCCCAUGACGCAGGCGGGCGCGGGCGUCGUCGGCUGGGCGACGUCGCUCGGCGCGAUCCAGGACGUGCUCCAGGUCGCGGAGGCCGCGGACAACCAUUUGCUCGUGCUGCAGAUGGCGCUGCCGUCGCUCGUGCUCGGCCACGACACGGCCGCGCGCCUCUUCCCCGCGCUCGUCGCGGAGCUGCUCGACCCCGUCGCGGCGAUCGCGAAGCUGCUGCCGCGGAUGGCGAGCCCGCUGCACGUGCAGGCCUUCAUCCGCGCCAUGCUGCCCAAGUCGACGAACCGGAGCCGGCUCCAGCGCGCCAUGGGCCAGCGCUUCCAGCUCCUCAUCGACAUGCCCGCGGGCCACUACACGCUGAGGCUCGACAAGAUGGAGGAGCGCGAGGUGCUCGUCGCGCUGCUCCAGGCGAACCGCUUCGAGCGCCACCGCGUCGUGGCGCGGGCCAAGCGGUCCCUGGAGAGCGGCGCCUUCGACGAGAACUGCUUCCACUACCCCUACGUGGACACGUCGCAGCACGGCAACCGGUCGGGCUUCCGCAACGAGACGCUCGACGGCUCGGCCGUGGAGAUCUGCGACGAGCUGCUCGACGGGCUGGGCCCGAGCCCCAAGGGCCUGCUCGAGUUCGACUUCGUGAAGAUGACGCGGCCGCCGCGGACGGCCGAGCCGAUGACGCGCGCGCACUUCUCGCAGCUGUUGUCCGUCGCGGCCAUCUCCGACGACGUCGACGACCGCUGCCUCCAGCUCGCCGUCGAGGGCGCGAAGACGCCGCGCGAGGAGAAGCGGCCGCCGCGGCCGCGGCCCGCGCCCUCCGACGGCCGCCGGCGGUCGUCCGCGGCGCAGCGCGCGAGCCGCAUCUCGAAGAUGGGCCUCGGCCUCGGCGCGGCCUUCGUCGAGCGCACCGUCGACAUGGUCGUCGUCGGCGGCGACGCGCCCAAGGAGGACGCCGCGGACCGGGCCAUGCGGUCCACGCGCAUGUCCAAGGUCGCGCGCCAGCCCGCGAGGCCGCCCGGCGGCGAGGCCGCGGAGGACGACGGCGACAAGGCGGCCCAGGACUCGCUCAUGGAGGCGCAGCAGAAACUAGCCCAGGCCAUGCCCGACGUCGGCAAGGGCGGCGCGGCCGGGGGCGACCACCGCCGGUCCACGUACAAGCCGCGCAUGCAGUCGAUCAACGCCGUGUCGCAGGACACGGCCGAGCGGUUCAAGUCCUGGUUCAAGGGCGAGGAGGGCGGCGUCGAGGCCGCGCGCGAGGAGCAGCGCGCGCGGCACCGCCUGAACCGCGGCGGGUCGCCGUCGCCGCCGUCGUACGGCCGGCGGCCGCAGUUCCCGGACGACGGCGCGGCGCCGGCGGCCGGCGGCGCCGGCGGGUCGCCGGGCCAGCGCCGCGCGGCGGCGCGCGACGGCACCAUCGCGCGCGGCGGCGAGCGCAACCCCCUCGAGAUGCUCAAGCGGCGCAAGCCCGCGACGCCCGACACCGACGAGCCGACGCCCGACGGCACGCCGUCGGCGACGCCCAAGGCGACGACGCGGUCCGUCGGGAAGAAGCCCGCGAGCCCGGCCCUCGGCGGCGGCUCGGAGAUGCUGCGGGCGUCGUCCAAGUCCGGCAAGUCGAAGCUGAACAAGCUCAAGACCAUCGCGCGGAUGAUGAUCUCGGGCGCGGGCGCGGCGAAAUCCGCGGCGGACACGGAGCUGAUCCUGGCGCGCCUCAACGAGUUCCACCUGCUCCUGGCGGGCUGCUGGUUCUCCGCGGCCCAGGCCUGCACGCUCCUGCGGCGCUGGCAGCUCUUCGACGGCCCGAAGCUCCGGAACCGCGAUGUGCUGAAGCUGCUGCGGCCCCAGGUCGAGCUGGUCAUCAUGCUCCACAGCCGCGUCGUCGAUUUGUACAACAUCGACGAGGUCUUCGCGGUGCUGGACCCGACGAUGCGCGCCGAGGCCAUCUUCCGCCUGGGCACGCUGAACAUCUGGUCGCCGCUGAAGCCCGACGGGCCCUACUCGCUCAACCUGGGGCUCCGCGAGGACCGCCAGGUCGUGCGCAUGCUCGUGCACCUCCACGAGGCGGAGCAGGCCGUCUGGCGGAACCCGACGCUGCGCUGGAAGCUCGACAUGCCCCGCGUCGAGGGCUGGAGCCUGCCGACGACGUGGCUCAACCAGGACGGCAUCCCCCGGAGCGGCCACGUCGCCUUCACCUACGACCCCCAGCACGAGGACUGGUCCACGCGCAUCGUCCUCGCGGCCCUAACCCUCGCCGGCGUCGACGAGGACGACGACGACCUGUUGUCGGAGAUGCCCCAGAGCGAGCCCCUCGAGGCCAUGCUCGCGGCGAGCCUCGACGCCGCCCACAUCAAGUGGGUCUACGACGGCAUCACCGUCGCCGACCCCGUGUCGGGCAACACGCUCGCCGGCACGCGCAAGGACCUGGACGAGUGCAACGUCGAGGACGUGGCGCGCUUCGUCGAGAACGUCGACCCCGCCGAGGCGUCCGAGGCCGUGGGCUUCGGCUCCAAGGCCGAGGCCCCGGGCCUCGACGCCGUCGCGGCCGCGUGCCGGUUCCAGCUCGUCGACGGGCGGCGCGUGCGCCGGUCCCUCGACGACGAGGCGCCGAGCGUCGCCCCCCUGCUCGCGGAGCUCAACGUCCACGCGCCGCCGCCGACGGUCAAAGCCAUCGUCGCGGCCUUCGACGCGUGGCAAAAGCUGCCCCGGGCCGCGGACAGGCGGCGCGCGAAGAAGCUCCGCGCGCUCAUCAUGGGCUCGCCGGCCCUCGUCCGCCAGGCCAACGCCCUGCAGAUGGAGCUGAACGCGUUGCCCGAGGGCGACCGCGAGGCGCUUUUGGAGCUCCGGCGCAAGAAGAUGCGCGAGCAGGCGGCCCGGGCCGUCGAGACCUACGCGAACCUGCCCCACGACGAGAAGAACGUCUUCACGGACGGCGCCAUCGAGCUCUACAGCGAGGAGAAUCAGCGGAAGCGCGAGGCCAUCCGCGAGGAGCCGAGGAUCUGCGAGCUGCUCGAGCCAGGGCUCGAGCGCUGGUGGUGGGGGUCGAAGCUCUUCGACGACGCGGACCACAACGAGUGGCUCUCCUUCGACGAGUACAAGACCUUCCACCGGCGGCUCCUGCGCCUCUUGGACCAGGACACGCUGUCGCCCAAGUCGCGCGUCGCGACGAAACCCGAGGACGAGGACCCGACGGCGUUGGAAGAUUUCCGGUGCGACGCGGACGGCGAGGGCCGCGUGACGAAGGAGACGUACCUCUUCGCGGUCUUCCAGCUCUGCGACCAGUGGACGGAGACCGUGGAACUGGACGAGUACGUGGAAUUCCUGUCCAAGGGCUUCGACCUCAUCUACGGGGAUCUCAUGGCCGGCGACGCGCCGCAGCUCCCCGAGGCGUGGUCGGGCGGCGACGAGCUCCACGACGACCGCGGCGAGCCGCUGCUCCAGACGCCCGCCGCCGCCUGGGGGUCGUCGGACCUGAGCGUCCUCGAGGAGGCCGAGGUCGUGCCCUUCAAGCCGCCGCCCCGCGAGCCGCGGGCGCCGUCGGCGCCCGAGCCGGCGCCGCUGGCGGACGUCUUCGCCGCGACGGCGCCGGUGCCCGCGCCGACGGAGCCCGCGGCGCCGGCGCCCGCGGCGCCGGCGCCGGCGAAGGAGGACGAGGUCCUCGAGGCCGAGGCCGCGGCGCCCCCGGAGAAGGCCAAACGCGAGCCGAAGCGGAAGUCGCGCGCGGCCGCCAAGAGCCCGGGGACACACGACCGCGACGACGGCGUCGCGGGCCGCGUCGCGCUCAUCGACGACGCGGGCUUCGACACCGUCGAUGCCAUGAUGGACGCGGCCAGGGACGCGCAGGACGCCGGCGCCGUCGGCGUCGUCUUCGCGUCGGGCGACGACGCGCCGCCCCUGCUCUCCGGCGGCUCCGAGAAGCAGAAGGUCGCGAUCCCCGUCGUCGGCAUCUCGGCGCCCGACGCGGCGGUCUUCAAGGGCAAGAAGCGGCACCGCCUGCGCGUCCGCGCGUCGCGAUUGCUGGAGCACGCGAAGACGAUCACCUCCAUGCGCAUCCACAUGGUCGUCGAGACCAUCGCGGAGAUCUACCGGGAGAAGAUGGUCCUCGACGGCAAGGCCGACGCGUCGGGCCGGCCGCGGCUGCCCCUGGCGACCUUCGUCCUGAUGCACUUCCGCCGCAAGUUCGGCGACAAGCGGACGGUCAAGAAGAAGUACAAGGCCUUCCUGCUGGGCGUCGUCCAGCGCCUGGAGGGCACGGCGUCGACGCACGGCGUCGAGGAGGACGAGACGGCGCUCCAGUGGAUCACGCUCUUCGCGCAGCUCUGCUCCAUCGACACGGCGUCCGGGCGCCUCGCGGCGCUCCCGCCCGAGGCCUGCGACUACUGCCUCGACCGCGUCCACGAGAUCGAGCAGGUCGUCCGCGACACGCUCAAGGUGCUGCCCCACGAGUUCUCGUCGACGAUGCUCAAGAAGAUGGUCAGCGGUCGCAACGCGUUCCUGUUGGGCUGCGGCUUCGCGGACAAGGUCGAGGCCAAGUUCAAGCGCGAGCUCCGCGGCCACAUGAAGCUCCGGCCGCGCGACGACGUCUACGCGACGGCCGUCGGCACGUUCCACUCGCUCACCAUCGCCGUCACCAUCAACGGCGCGCACAAGAAGAUCAUCUCCGUCCCCGCGCUCAUGUCGCUCUACGCCGUCGUCUACACGGCCUGCGACUCGCCCCACGUCGCCCGCGCGCCGCCGCCGGAGUCGACGGGGGACCAGGCGCACGAGCGCAAGAAGAGCCGCGCGUCGACGGUGAAGCCCAUGAAGGAGAUGUGGUUCCUCAAGUACGUGGGCGGCGAGUCGUCCGCGCCUUCGGCGGAGGAGUCGCCCGACGAGGUCGAGCUCGACCAGGCGGCGGCGCCGGCGGCCCGACGAGCCGCGCCGAAGAAGAAGAAGAAGAAGAAGCCCGCCGAGGGCAAGAGAGCGCCGAAGAAGGCGCAGCUGUCGCCGCAGCAGCGGCAGCUCCGGGAGUCGGCGCGCUGCAUGGCCUGCGGCCGCGUCGUGUCGCCGGCGACCCUCGAAGGCUUCGAGGACCACGAGAACUACUGCGAGAAGUCGUCGGAGUCGUGGCGCCGCGCGGCGGAGACGAACGCGAGGACGCCCGCGGCCCUCGUCGACCGGCACAUCGCCCUCGUCGGCGGGCUCACGGCGACCGUCGUCGCGCUGAAGCCGCGCCUCGUGCGCCGGUGGCUGCCGCCGCGCCACGAGCUCCUCUUCGACAGCGGCCGCCGCGACGACGUCGUCCUCGCCGCGGGCGACGGCGGCGGGGCGGCCUUCCGGUUCCUGAGCCCGGCCGAGGCCGCCGAGGCGUCGAAGCUCACGGCCGCGCGGCUCUCGCGCGAGCUCGCGGACGCGCGGCGGCGCGUCGCGUCGCUCCAGAAGACGGAGAAGACGCGGGCGGCCGAGGCCGUCCGCAUGACGCGGACCCUCGAGGACCAGACUCUGUGCGCCGUGUGCCUCGACGCUACAAAAAACGCGGCCUUCGUGCCCUGCGGCCACCGCGCGUGCCGGGCCUGCGCGGACCGGUGCCGGGCGGGCGACGCGGGCUGCCCCGUCUGCCGCGCGCCCGUGGUGGACGUCAUCCGCGUCUUUAACUAG